UCCACUAUGCUAUAUAAAAUGGAUAAAAAACAGGUGUAGUGUGCUCUUUCGUGCAGAAGUGCGUGUACACGGGGAUCUGGUUGAAGAAGAUGAGCCUUUUUUCUUCGCUGGAGGAGGCUGUGCUGCUGUGUGGGGGAGUGGGUUACAUCCUGUGGCGUUUCCUGUGUUUGUAAACUAGACGGUCUCGAAAACGACGGACGAGAAGCUGAAGUUUUAAUGCUAGAUGAGUGAGGUGGGUGUGGCUUCCCACCAGCCCGACCAUCCUGACUGACGGAUCUCUGGAUGACCUUGUCCCCACCCCUGUCCCUGCGCUCACAUACACCGUUACCACAGCAAUGUCACAUCUGCCCAGCAGCUCAGUCCGCGACCAUAUGAAAUGGGCGGGUCUGCUUGGCUGCGAGGCUGUUCUCUCCAGUAUGGCCCUGAUGCAGGCCAGCUCCAUGGCCGCUCCACCCAAAAAAAUGAUGGCGCCACUUGGCCAUGGACCACAGCAGAGAGACGGACCUGACCGUGCUCCCCAGAGCCAUAUGAUCCUCCCGUCUGGAAUGAGCUGUCCACCUCUGCUUAUCCGGAAGGAAGGUGAAUUCCAAGCUCCCCGCCUGCUGGACGAGAAGGAGAUGAGGGCCAACGAGGACAUGCAGCAGAAAAAAAAGAACAGGAAAUCAGUAACGCCCUGUAAAGUGAGAGAUCAAGAGGGAAGGGGAGGGAAGGGCACAGGUGGAGAUGAGAACGGUCCAUCAUCCAAAGUGCAGAAAAAUUUUAUUUGUGAUCACUGUUACGGCGCAUUUAGGAGCGGAUACCACCUGAAGAGACAUAUCCUCAUUCACACAGGGGAGAAGCCGUAUGCUUGUGCCGUAUGUGACAUGAGGUUUAUUCAGCGUUACCACCUGGAGAGACACAGCCUCAUUCACACGGGGGUGAAGCCGUACGCUUGUUCCAUGUGUGACAUGAGGUUUUUCCAGCGUUACCACCUGGAGAGACACAGACUCACUCAUACGGGGGUGAAGCCGUACGCUUGCUCCAUGUGUGACAUGAGGUUCUUCCAACGUUACCAUCUGGCAAGACACAGCCUCACUCAUACUGGGGUGAAGCCAUACGCUUGCUCCAUGUGUGACAUGAGAUUUUUCCAACGCUACCACUUGGCAAGACACAGCCUCACUCACACGGGGGUGAAGCCAUAUGCUUGCUCCAUGUGUGACAUGAGAUUUUUCCAGAGAUACCACCUGGCAAGACACACUCUCACCCAUACGGGGGUGAAGCCAUACGCUUGCUCCAUGUGUGACAUGAGAUUCUUCCAGCGUUACCAUUUGGCAAGACACAGCCUCACUCAUACUGGGGUGAAACCGUAUGCUUGUACCAUGUGUGACAUGAGGUUUAUACAACGUUACCAACUGGAGAGACACAGUCUUACUCAUACGGGGGUGAAGCCGUACGCUUGCACCAUGUGUGACAAGAGGUUUUUUCAGCGCUACCACCUGGCGAGACACAGCCUCACUCAUAUGGGUGUGAAACCUUUUGCUUGCACCAUGUGUGACAUGAAGUUUUUUCAGCGUUACCACCUGGCGAGACACAGCCUCACUCAUACGGGUGUGAAACCUUAUGCUUGCACCAUGUGUGACAAGAGGUUUUUUCAGCGCUACCACCUGGCGAGACACAGCCUCACUCAUAUGGGUGUGAAACCUUUUGCUUGUACCAUGUGUGACAUGAGGUUUGUUCAGCGUUACCACCUGGCGAGACACAGCCUCACUCAUACGGGUGUGAAACCUUAUGCUUGCACCAUGUGUGACAAGAGGUUUUUUCAGCGCUACCACCUGGCGAGACACAGCCUCACUCAUAUGGGUGUGAAACCUUUUGCUUGCACCAUGUGUGACAUGAGGUUUGUUCAGCGCUACCACCUGGCAAGACACAGCCUCACUCAUACGGGGGUGAAGCCGUAUGCUUGUUCCAUGUGUGACAUGAGGUUUAUUCAGCGUAACCACCUGGAGAGACACAGCCUCACUCAUACGGGAGAGAAGCCAUUUGCUUGUGACAUGUGUGAUAUGAGGUUUAUCCAGCGCUACCACCUUGAGAGACACAAGCGUGUCCAUAGUGGGGAGAAGCCAUACCAGUGUGAACGGUGCCAGCAGAACUUUUCACGAACAGACCGGCUCUUGCGGCAUCGGCGGUUGUGCCAGGGUCGCAGCGUAGCGAAAGUAGAGAACCAGCCGUGCUGCGAACCGCGCCCAUAUCCCCAAGAACCCCCGCCCGCACCACCAACCUGGAGUCCCAUGCAUCCCCCUCCAGGUCGACUGGCGGUCUGACAUUCCACCAUACCCACAUCCAUAACACCGCCAGUGACGGGACAAGCCACAGGGUUUCUUCACCUCAGCUCUGUGCUGAGUGGCUCCACACUCUAACACAGACUGAUCUUGCAGCUCCAGUCUUGGGAUUACUAAUGACAGAGGGACAUUUGUGUUUUUGUUUUGUUGACUUCUUACUGUGUUUCCUUUCCCCCUACGUUUUUUUUUUUUUUUUUUUUUUUUUUUUUUUAAAGACGAGACUUUUCUGUGAUGAACAGUGGUCCAGUGGUUUUGUACUUAAUCUGUUAGAUUUUUUUGCAAAAAAAAAAAAAAAAAAGUUUUUAUUGUUGUUCAAAUAUAUCUGCAUUUGGUGGUACUCGGGAAGGGCAGUGGGUGUUGUUUAUCCUGACUUCUUGGCAAAAAAUGGGAUACAGUGGUGAGGAAAAACAUUUGAGCUUUUUUCCUUAUUUGGCCCAUUUUGUUUCAGAAGCAUUGCCACUUAGGUCAAAAUGAAUAAAACUGAACUUUCCUUUCAGGUAAAGUAAGGAAACCACUCUUGAUAUCUCAUGUGGACCAGAUCUUGUUUGCCAUUGCAGCUAACAUAAUGUUUACCAUGGAAGCACCAACCUGACAUUUUACCUGUGGUGAACUUUCCCAUGAUGUUGACUUCUAGUCAGUAAUUCAGACAUUUCACUCUUUAUUGGUAAGCUGCAUCUGGUCCAAAUAUAAUUUGAACAAGAUGCGUUUUCUGACUUUAACAGCACAGGAGGUACAGUUUUAAUGCUUACUCUGUAAAUAAUUCAAAAUGUUUAUUAUUGUUUUACCAUGGGACUUGAGAGGUAAUUUUUUUUUUAUCCACAAAAUGGGCCAAAAAGAAAGCAGAAAUUAGAAUUGGGUUCAGUCUGUUGCCACUGUUGAAUCCAGUGGAAUCCUGAGUAACUUUGUGGGUGUUGAUUUUAAAAAAGUAAUAUCAAACAGUGCUUCAUAAUUGUAAACCAGGACUUCCAAUAAGUGAAUGAUCAUAGUGCCGCCUGCAGCUGACUCAUGUCAGACAUGAAGGGUCGGGUCACAGGAGUAUCACCUGUGUAUCUCGUGUUCUGUGUCGUGUGUGACAUGCCGAUGAUCACUCAGGAAAUGGCACAGGAUAACGGCCUGAGCAACUCCUCCUGUAGAGUCCUGCUAUUGUAAGUGCAGCUGUAAACCAUGUGUAUACAGUGAUCUCCAGUACUACAGCAGACAACUCUCUCUCUCCAGCUGUGUUUAUAGAUCGUGGUCUAAAGUAGUGCAGGUUGGCCACUCGAAGUCCUAUUAUGUUUGUACAGAUUUCUCACAUGGUGAGAUCAGUGGGGGUAUACAAAAUCUUGUGGCCUUAGUGUAUUUCUUUUUUUUUCUUCUUUUUUUGCCUUUUUUUUCAACUGUUUAUUAUUGUGGAUCAGAUGUAUUUACUAAGACAAGACAGCUUUUCAUCAUCACGGUAUUUUUCCCCUCAAAGCUGUCAUGGUUACAGAAUGUUGACUGCUUCAGACUAAUGUUUUCUCCUGUCAAAAGAGGUGGUCCUUUGAUGAAUAUUUUGAGUCAUUGUUGCUGAUAACGGUGUAACACAACAUAUAAUCCUUAAGGAGCCCAUAGGAGUUUUGACGGUCCUCUGCAGUGCUUUGGCCGGUCGCAGGCCACACAGUAGACUCAACACUUGCUUGACUCUGCUACACACUAACGAUUGCCUUUUUAUCCAAAUAUUAUGUGGUUGGUGUGUAUAAUGGAUGUCUGUCAUGUCAUUGGGUUUAGCCUUAAGUAAGUGCGGAUACACAAAUAAUCAUUGUAGUACUAAACGAUAUUGUAACGAACGAUUUCUUUUACCUAUGAUGAACUCUGAUCGUACUGUGGGGAAAGUCUUUUGACUGUCAGGUAGCAAAGAGCCGUUUAAUCGUGGCCUCUUUGGUGCCCAUGGAGUCAUUUCUCAAACUUGAUCCUUUCUGUGACUUGGUGAGCAAGUGAUGGGUCUUUUCAUAAUGUUUAACUGAGAAAUGUCAGUGCUGGUGGGAGGUUUAGUCUACAUGGUCAAACAUUCAUGUACAUAAUAGACAGCUAUUAGAUGCCACAGCUAUGUAGGUGUAUAUAAUGACUGACACCAUCAGUGGUGUUUUUUGGGGACUACAUUUUUUUUUAUUAUUAUUUAAAGAUCCACAUCAACCUUAGAUUUAAGGUUUAGAUGUGUGGAAUCUCAGAGUGUAGUAUUUGGUCUCAUUGUUAGGAUGUUCAUGUUCAGAUUGCUAGUUAAUGGGAAGCCUCCUUAAAAUGAUCCUUUGAUAUUCAGACAAAAUUGUGUGUCAGUUCAACUGUGCACGGAGAUUGCAUUCAUAUUUAAGCGACUCGAUUGAAUAUAAGAAAACUCAGUGGCAGCAAAGGGACAAGUUUGAGAAAUGCAUUAAUUUGCUCUGGAAACACUAUUCCAAAAUCUGCGGAAGGGACACUGCUGGCACGAGCACAUAACUAAAAAUGGCUAAAGGGCAAUACAGUAUAUAGUGGACGUCACUUGUUAAUACCUUUUUGUCAUGUAUUGUUUUUAGUAUUAUCAAUCUCAUUGUUAAAAUGCAAUAGAAUCCUUGAGCCUCAGAUCAUUUGUUGAUAAGAUUGAGGUGUCAUUUUUAAUUUUUUUUUUUUUUUUUUUUCCCAGACAGAUCAAAAUGAUUUAAUUUGUCUGAGAAUUUCUCAUCACAUUUUUGAUGAUUGUUUCAAGGACCUUUUUUUUUAUUCUGAUGAAAUUGUAAACACUGGAGUGAAAGGAAGAAAAAAAGAGAUACAGAUUUUUUUUUCCCUUCAGACUGUACUAGGUUUUAGACAAAGCCUAUUUCUCCUCAAACUUGACAGAGAAGGCGGACAUAACAGUUUGGAUCAGUACAGUUGAGAGCCCAGUAUGUUCGGUAAUUUUGACAUUAGAGGCAGUAGUACCACAAGAAAAUGUUUUCUUUCUUAUACAAAGUCCCUGGUAUUUGUAGUAAAUUAUAUUGAUAAUGGUAUUAGAUGAACAACAGCAUAACAGUAGCUAUCACAGAUUAGUUGUUUUCUUUAUUAGUCUUGCAUGCAGAGUUAUGGUCCUCAGUUAAAAUAGGAUCUUGAUAUUGAUUAUUUUGUGUAGGAAAAUGAGUGCAUAAGAAUAACUUCCUAAAAAAUGUUACAAUGAUUAUUGUAAAAUGGGCUAACUAAUAUGUACCCUUGUGAUCCAAUUAGUUUCAACUGUAUGAAAAUCAGAGGAGAGGCUUCUUACUAUUAUGCUGAAAUAAAAGAAUUUGUAAAGGA